AUGGUAAGAACAAAAAGACAGAGGCUCGGGUGGAGGCGAACCGAAGCCCAGGCUUGUGAUGCGCCACCUCUCCGCUCGGGAGUUGACACCGGGACGGCGGGGCCCAUGGGCAUUGGUGGACGUCGCUGGACGACGGUGGAUGUUACCUCAACAUUCGCCAUGGCCUGUUGGAACACUUGCCCACUCGAGGUCAAGGAAAUGAUAUGGCGAGUCUUGUCCCGUCACCCCAUAUCCACCGCCGCGUACGCCGCCGUCUCUCGAAACUGGCAGGAGUUCUUCGAAAAGAAACAUUUCAAAACGAUUCUACUCUCCCCGCGUCGUGUAUUGGACUUCAGCCGUAUCCUUCAAGAGCCCAGAAAACGAAAGCUCGUCAGACAUAUAUGGCUACGCAUCGAGCUCCUGUCUUAUGACUGUCCGUCAUGCGAGGAAACUGAGCGCUGGUCGGAGAGUCAGCAGAACAAUGCCAUCGGUAUGAACAUGGAGAAGCCGCGCGACCGCGACGAGAUGAACCCAGACCUGACCCUCGAGUUAUCAGCAUACUCCCCAAGCGAUUCGCAGCACGCCUUCCCCUGGUACAACUUUGCACAUGACCCUUACUCGGAACCUGGCCACCAGUUCGGUUCCUCAGCCCUUCCGACCCUGCAGACGCCGCCGCCUUCAUCUCCACGUCCUCUCCGCCACAUCAACUGCAUAGGUCCACGCGUGAGAAGUGAUCGGGGGUGGACUCUUCUUAACAAAUGGCGGCUCUAUGGCCUUGACCCUGGUCUCGAUAUUGUCCCGCGGGACAAGAGAGCCUUUGUGGACGUUGUAACAACGCUGCUCGUGCGACGCCAGAGCUUUCGCCAAAUCAGCCUAGAAGCCCUCGCGUCCUUGGCGGGCCACCACCUCAGCGGUUUACAGCGAAUCCAUCUUGAGCCGCACGAGGCCACUGAAUUUGCGACCACGGUCGGACGAUGCCUCACGCCUCACGCCUCAUGCCUCGUUCUCCCCGCUGACAGCUGCCCUCCGACAGGUUACAACCGCUUUUUCACAUCCGCUCUUCCGGAUACGCUUCGCGAACUGGUCAUUUUCGAGGAUAACGACAAGCACAUUAUAGGACUGAAACAAUCCUUAUAUUCCAUCAUUCAUAGGUAUCGGGAAGCCGGGCGCAUCGGACGAGCGUUGGCGGCUUGCACUCGUCACCUACCGGCAUUGGAGCAUCUGUCCGUUUCCUUUGUAGCCGAUGCCCGGGGCUUCUUCAACUACUUUUCGUCUCCGCAGUCUCCGCCCGUCCCUCUUACCGGUCCGCCUUGGAGAAAGCUGCGGUCCCUGGCCCUCACAGCCAGCGAUCUGCAGUGCGGCGCACGCGAUACUCCCGACCCAAUGAUCCUUCGCCUGCUACGGGGCGCCGCUACUGUGGCCUUGACCAUAGACAGCCUCCGCAUUCUGGAGCUUUGGAACGGCGCAGAGGAUGACAUGGGUUGUGUGUUCCGUUACCAAUUCGACGAUAAGGACACCGGCGAAGGUACCUGGACGCUAGUCAUCACGGAAGAAGUCGAAGAGGCUUGGAGGGAGGUUGCCAGGCGUCGCUCGACGCGGCCACUCAAAGUGCAUCGCCAAAUCAUGACACUGGACGACGGCACUUGGUUCCCCCUUUCUGUUCUCCGCCAUCUACAUCUACGGGACCGUGUGAUCCACCCCAUGUCCUUUCGUCAAAUCAACGAAGCGCUUUGA